AUAGUCGUUGGCAAGAUGUUAGAGUUGGUGAUAUUAUACAAUUGAGAAAUAAUGACUCUGUUCCUGCUGAUAUAAUAAUAAUUUCUACAAGUGAACCUGACGGACUUUGCUAUGUAGAAACAAAAAACCUCGACGGUGAAACAAAUCUCAAAAUCCGUCAUUGUAACAAUUCCACUUCAUCUUUGGCAACAGAAAAUGAUUGUGAGCAUACAUUUUUCUAUGUUGAAUCAGAACCACCACAUCCCAAUCUAUAUUCAUAUAAUGGCACAUUACAUUGGGUUGGAAAUAAUAAUUCAAAUGGAAUCAACAACAAUGAUGGCGAUGAUAUGAACUAUUCCAAUGAAAAAAAUGUGCCAAUAACCAUCAAUGAUGUUCUUUUGAGAGGUUGUACUCUACGUAAUACUGAAUGGGUUAUAGGAUUGGUAAUAUUUACUGGUACUGACACUAAAAUCAUGUUGAAUUCUGGUGAUACUCCAAGUAAAAGGAGUCGUAUAGAAAUAGAAACAAAUUUUCAUGUUACUAUGAAUUUUAUUAUAUUGUUCUUGCUUUGCUUAGGUUCAGGUAUAGCUCGAGUGAUAUAUUUUAUUCAACCUCGAAGUUCUGCAGAUAUUUUUGGAUAUGAAGGAAACGUUGAAGGUGGUGCAUUAUUUAGUGGGUUUUUAAUAUUUUGGACAAGUUUAGUUUUAUUUCAAAAUAUUGUACCAAUUUCAUUAUAUGUUACAAUCGAAGUGGUGAAAACUGUGCAGGCAUAUUUUAUUCAUUCAGAUAUUGAAAUGUAUUAUGAAAAACUUGAUUAUCCAUGUGUUCCAAAAACUUGGAAUAUUGCUGAUGAUUUAGGCCAAAUUGAAUAUAUUUUUUCUGAUAAAACUGGCACCUUGACACAAAAUGUUAUGGAGUUUCGUAAAUGUACAAUCAAUGGUGUUACAUAUGGAUUAGGUGAAACAGAUGCUAUGCGUGGCAGAGAAAAAAUUAAUGAUUUAAAAGUUAUGGAGCAACAAUCAAAAGCUAUCCAAAAUUUCUUUUCCGCAUUAGCACUUUGUCACACUGUACUAGUUGAACAUCCCAAUGAAAAUGAUCUUUAUGAAAUUGAUUAUAAAGCUCAAUCACCAGAUGAGGCUGCUUUAGUUGGCUGUGCAAGAGAUGUUGGAUUUGUAUUUCUUGGACGGUGCCAGGAUACUUUAGCAGUUGAAGUGAUGGGUGAAUAUAAAGAGUUUAUAUUGUUAAAUGUCUUGGAAUUUAAUAGCACCAGAAAAAGAAUGUCAGUCAUUCUACGUUCACCUGAUGGAGGAAUAGUUUUAUUGUGUAAAGGUGCUGAUAGUGUAAUAUAUGAACGACUUAGAACACUUUGUAUAGCAUAUCGUACUAUAUCAGAAGAAGAGUAUAGUGUAUGGUUAACAAAAUAUGCAGAAGCCGCAUCUAGUAUUAAUGAUAGAGAAGAAAAGAUAGAAAAGGUGUGUGAAAUGAUUGAACAUUCAUUGAUAUUAAUGGGGGGAACUGCAAUAGAAGAUCGACUUCAGGAGGGCGUGCCAGAAACUAUAGCCACAUUGGCACAAGCUGGUAUUAAGUUGUGGGUAUUGACAGGUGAUAAAGUGGAGACAGCCAUUAAUAUUGGAUUUUCUUGUAGCCUGUUACAAAAUGAUAUGCUUCUAAUUAUCAUAAAUGCACCAGACAAAAAAAGUAUACUUUCCCAGAUAAAUGAAGCAAUUGAAAAUUUUUUCGAAAAUCAAGAUGAAAAGAAAAGUAAGCAUGCACUGAUCAUAGAUGGCGAAACACUCAAGUAUGGAUUAGAUGAUAGUGUGAAACCAUAUUUGUUAGAUCUUGGUAAAAGAUGUGAGAGUGUUGUUUGUUGUCGUGUGAGCCCAUUGCAAAAAGCACAAGUAGUUUCUAUGGUGAAAAAUGGAUUGAAUGUGAUGACAUUAUCAAUUGGAGAUGGUGCUAAUGAUGUUAGCAUGAUACAAGAAGCAAACAUAGGAGUUGGAAUUGCUGGUGAGGAGGGGCGGCAAGCAGCAAUGUCUGCAGAUUUUGCAUUUGCACAAUUUAGAUAUUUGGAAAAGCUUUUGCUUGUUCAUGGACGUUGGUCAUAUAUCAGAAUAGCAGAAAUGAUUUCAUGUUUUUUUUACAAGAAUAUUGUAUGGACAAUUGCAAUGUUUUGGUAUCAAACCUGGGCUGGGUUUUCUGCACAAUAUCUUUAUAAUUACACAUAUAUUUUGCUUUAUAAUCUUGUUUUUACAGCAAUUCCUGUAAUGUAUCUGGGCGCAUUUGAUCAAGAUGUUGAUUCUAAAACCUCUUUAAAAAACCCACAACUUUAUAAACGAGGUAUUUUACAACAAGAUUUUACAAAACUCAAGUUUUGGUUAUAUGUAUUAGAUGCAGUAUAUCAAUCACUUGUAUGUUUUUUUGUUCCAUUCGGGUUGCUUCAAUUUGGACAAUCUCAUGGCAAUGGGUUGACAAAUAACAGUUUAGAGGAUUUAGGAACUCUGGUGGCAGGAUCUGUGGUGGUGACAACUAAUUUAUACGUUGGAUUGAAUAUUUUGAAUUGGUCAUGGAUAGGAUUUUUGGUUAUUUGUGGUAGUAUUAUAUCAUUUUAUUUAUGGGUAGAGCUUUACUCCAUAGUGUACUCAAUAGGAUUCUUUAGAGUGGACAUGAUAUUAUUUUCUGAUUUGGAUUUUUGGUUGACGAUUGCUAUUGCAACUACAUUUAGUAUUAUGCCAAGAUUUGUUGUCAAGUAUCUUCAUGAAUCAUACUGGCCAACUGACACAGAUAUUAUUCGUGAACAAGUGCAUCUAGAAAAGAAAUGUAGAAAGAAACAAACAAUUGUUGAAGAGGAAGAGGAUAGAUUGCCAAUUAAUACUGAAACGGGAGGAUAUGUUGCAAGUUAUUCAACUAGUGAUAUACACGAAAACUUGAUAAUGGCUGAACAGACUUCAAUGACAACAACAGCAAUAAAGAAAGAAAAUACAAAAACACCACAAAAAAUUGGCAAAUCAAAAAAUAAUAGACCAAUAGGACCUGCUAAACCAACUGAACAAUUUGUACACAUGAAUUCUGGUAGAAGACAAUCAUUUACGGGAUUCGCAUUCUCAGUUGAGGAGAAUUACCAUCACCUAGAAAUACCAGCAGAUCUCCUUCACCAAUAG